UAGAGCGCCUCUCAUGGCUAUACCCCACUCUACUUUUGAGUGCAAAAUUUUGAGAUAUCUUCUCUAAAGCCGCCUCUCUUUCUUCUUUUUUCUUUUCUUCUCCUCCUUCAUUUCUCUCUUUUUUUCUUCUUCUCAAAUUUGAUGAAAACCCUAAAUAAAAAUAGAUAUAUGGUUGUCAUGAUGAAUUUUUAACUUUUUGUGUUCAUCUCUUGUGUUGUUGUGGAUCAGAGACAAGAAGCAUGGGGAAAAGGAGUACUGCUGCUAUCAUCAUCUUCUUCUUCUUUUGUGCAGAGAUUUGAAGUCAUAUAUCUCUCUCUGAUUGUGUUCCAUUUUUAGUGAGGUGGUGUUUUUUGCAGUAAGUGCACUAAAACCAACAAAUAGAAAUCUCUUUUUCUCUCUCUCCAUAUCUCUGUCCUUUCUUCUUCUUGCUUUAUUCCAUUUGUUAUCUGAGCUGUUUAAAGCAAAAAAAAAAAAAAAAAUUAAAAAAAUUAAUGGAUUCUGGAAAUAACAGUGCUAGUCUGCAGUCAUCAAGUACUGGUGGUGUUGGUGGUGGUGUUGGUGAUGAAGAGUACGAUUCACGUGCUGCUUCUCAAUCUUUUUCUACAGCUUUUCACACACAAAAUUCCUCCAUGUUUGACCCUUUUAUCAACCUUUUCGACCCCAUAUCCCGCCCCCAACCACCACCACUACCACCUCCGUCACAGAACCACACAACCACCCAAAAUUCAAUUUACGAUCUCGAAUUCCAUUGGAACAGUAAAAGGAUAAGAACCGAUCAACCCAACAACCCGAUGUUAUUACCAUCAUCGGAUUUUAAUAAUUCGUUAUCCUUUGAUACUACUACUGGUAGUAUUUCUUUCCCAUCUAGAUCAGAAGAACACCAUGCCGUUGGUGGAAAUGUGAGUGCUACUACUAUUACCGAGCAGCCGGCAGGUUCAGCUGCAGCGGAUCAACCACAGGCACGGAAUACGAAGAAAAGAUCGAGAGCUUCGAGGAAGGCACCAACUACUGUGUUGACAACAGAUACAACUAAUUUCAGAGCUAUGGUUCAAGAAUUUACAGGGAUUCCUGGACCACCUUUUACUACUCCUUCCUAUUUCCCUAUUAGAAACAGAUUUGAUGUAUUUGCUUCUGCGCCUAAUUCUGCUGUAAGAUCUGUUCCUCCUCCUCCUCCUCCUCCUGCUAUCGCUAAUAACAAUCCUAAUUUCUUCAUUUCACAACCAUCGUCUAAUUAUCUACCGAGGCCGUUCCAUCAGCCACCACCACCCUAUCUUUCUCCUUCUUCAUCAUUCUCACCAUUAGUGUUGAAUCGUUUACCUAUCAACAUUGCUUCUGCUUCAUCAACAACUACUAGUGCUACUAAUUCUGCUAUUAACUAUCAACUUUCCACCGGAGUUGCCAAUUCUGUCGCACAAGGCUCUAAUAAUUUCAAUUCAAUUCAACACAACUCAAUCUUCACAUCACUUCUUCAAUGUUCUCAAAAAUACCCAUUUGGGUUGAAACAACAACAACAACAAUUCCAAAUGCCAUCAAAUAACAUCUCUCAAUUCCAAAUGCCAUCAAAUAACAUCUCGCAAUUCCAAAUGCCAUCAAGUAUGAACAGCAGCGCCCAGCAUGGACAUCUUCUGACUGAGCUUCCCAAUCUGAUUUCUGAAGAACAAGCAGCAACAGCAUCGUCCAUCAACGACAACACUAUCAAUGCAACAAAUUUUCAUGGCAAUAAGGUGCAGGAAACAGUCAAUGCAACAAAUUUUCAUGGCGAUAAUUUGCAGGAAACAGUGGUUGCAACAAAUUUUCAUGGUGAUAAGGUGCAGGAAACAGUAGCUGCAACCAAGGGUGUUGAAGGUAUGGUGGAAUCAUGGCUUCUUUCUACAGAUUAGAAAAAAGAAGAUUAUAAUUGAAGUCAUGAUUAUGUGAUCAUAACAACAAUGAAGAGGAAAAAAAAAGAGAGAGAUUUAGUAAUUAGUGCUAGCUUACCAUCAUGUUUUCUAAAUCAUGAUUUUCCAAAAAAAAAACAAAGAACUUUAGUUUAAUUUCAUCAAGUGUACUGUAGAUAAUAAUAUGGGGUAUGGGGAUUGGUUUAAUUUCUUGAAGUACUUGAUUAUAUGGCUAAUCAAAUACUUGAAAGAUUAGUUUUAGAUUAGCUAGGGAGAUGGAAUACAAAUAUAAUUAUGAAUGAUGGAGAGAAGUUCUUUUGUUCAUUUUCCUUGUUUUCUUGUCAAUAUUGGUUUUUAUUGGAAUAGUAAA